CUCUCUCUCUCUCUCUCUCAUCACAGGCGUGCCACGUACAGAGUCCAAAGAUCACUCGGCUAUUUGCUUUCACUCCACUGGCGUCUGUCAGGGCUUGGCUGAAGCUGAGGGGGGUUUCCUGCUAAACACUGCCUCUGCCUCUACGCCGUUCACCUGACAUUUUAAUGACAUUCACCAUUUUGGUCUUUGCUGACUCACUUUUCACUUUAUUCGAUUGGUACUGUAGUCACAGAGACCAUAAACAGGUGCUGUAUAUAAACCAAAAAAAAAAAAGCUUCCUGUUUGAGAACUACUCUGCCUGGAUGGGACGUCUACUGGUCCAAGUCUCUGGCUCCGCUGAGACACACCUGCCCAGAGGGAAGAACUUGGCUCCGCCCCACCGCACCUCACCUGAGGUGGAAGCCCCAAGCAGUAGGGCAGUGCAUCAUGGGAGUUAUAGUCAGCUAUAGAGCCUACCUUCAUACUUCUCUUUUUUUUCUUCCUCUCUGUGAGUGUGUGUGUGUGCGUGUGUUGUAAGCAGUGGUUUCCUGUGAGGAAGCUGCAGAUCCUCAGGAGUCACGGAAACUGGGUUUGUUCUUCAGUCAGAUGAUGGAUGUAUAGCGGGUCAAAAUGUGCUCUCUGCUGUCAUCUUUGGGGAUAAAAUGUGGAGGGGAGGAGAAGCCAGAGGAGGAGAGGCAUUUACGGGCAAAUGACAGGGAGUUUAACAUCUCUUAUAAGUAUGCGAAUAAUGAAAUAAAUACUUCUAAGUAUAAUGUGUUCACGUUCCUGCCACUCAACCUCCUGGAGCAGUUACAGAGGCUGGCCAAUGCCUACUUCCUGUGUCUCCUGGGUCUUCAGCUCAUCCCUGCGAUCUCCUCCCUGUCCUGGUUCACCACUGUGGUUCCCCUGCUGUUGGUCCUCUCCAUGACAGCAGCGAAGGACGCCACAGAUGACAUUAACAGGCAUAAAAGUGACAGGCAGGUGAACAAUCGUAAAGUGGAAGUCCUGGUGAAUGGACAACUAAAGAGUGAGAAAUGGAGGAAUGUACAAGUGGGUGACAUCAUCAAGCUGGAGAAUAACCAGUUUGUGACGGCAGAUCUGUUGUUGCUGUCGAGCAGUGAGCCUUUGAAUCUGGUUUACAUAGAGACCGCUGAGCUUGAUGGGGAGACUAACCUGAAAGUGAAGCAGGCUUUGACAGUCACAGGAGACUUGGGAGAUAAUAUAGAGAGCCUGGCAGCCUUCAGAGGCGAGGUGCGCUGCGAGCCCCCAAACAACCGCCUGGAUAAGUUCAUGGGGAACCUGGAGGUGGGAGGGCUGACGUCCUCGCUGGACAACGACAAGAUCCUUUUGAGGGGCUGCACCCUCAGGAACACCCAGUGGUGCUUUGGCCUGGUGGUGUUCGGAGGUCCAGACACUAAGCUCAUGCAGAACAGCGGGAAGAACAGGUUCAAGCGCACAAGCAUCGACCACCUCAUGAAUGUGCUUGUGCUGUGUAUCUUUGGCUUCCUGGCGUUCAUGUGUACCAUCCUGGCCAUUGGCAAAGGGAUCUGGGAGUCCCAGGAGGGCUCAGCCUUUGCCGCCUUCCUGCCCCCCCCGGACGGCAACAAUCCUCCCUUUUCUGCCUUCCUCACCUUCUGGUCCUACGUCAUCAUCCUCAACACUGUGGUGCCCAUCUCACUCUAUGUCAGUGUGGAGAUCAUUCGGCUGGGGAACAGCUACUACAUCGACUGGGACAGGAUGAUGUACCACGCUCCGACCAACACCCCGGCCCAGGCCCGAACCACCACCCUGAAUGAGGAGCUGGGUCAGAUCAAGUACAUCUUCAGCGACAAGACUGGCACGCUCACACAGAACAUCAUGACCUUCAACAAGUGCUCCAUCAAUGGGAAAUCCUACGGAGAUCUUUUGGACUUCUCUGGACAGAGCAUUGAGAUCACUGAAAAGACAGCUAAAGUGGACUUCAGCUGGAACCGUCUGGCGGACCCGAAGUUCUCUUUCCAUGACCCGUGUCUGGUGGAGGCGGUGAGACAGGGUUCGAAAGAGGCGCAGAAUUUCUUCAGGCUGCUAGCGCUCUGUCAUACCGUCAUGCCCGAGGAAUUGAAUGACGGUGGUCUAAACUACCAGGCUCAGUCCCCUGACGAGGGGGCGCUGGUGACGGCUGCGCGUAACUUCGGCUUCGUGUUCCGCGCCCGUACGCCAGAGAGCAUCACGGCGGUGGAGAUGGGACAGGUGAUCACCUACAACCUGCUGGCCGUGCUGGACUUCAACAACGUCCGCAAACGGAUGUCCGUCAUCGUGCGCAGUCCAGAGGGGAAACUAACUCUGUACUGCAAGGGAGCUGACACGCUCAUUUAUGAGAGAUUGCACCCAUCCUGCUCCAAACUGAUGGAGGUCACUACGCAACACUUGAAUGAGUAUGCUGGAGAGGGCUUACGCACUCUGGCCCUGGCCUAUAAGGACCUGGAUGAGGACUACUUUGACAGCUGGAGAAAGCGCCACCAUGAGGCCAGCACUGCCAUGGAGGACCGCGAUGAGAAGCUGGAUGCUAUCUAUGAGGAGAUUGAGAAAGACUUGCAGCUUUUAGGGGCCUCAGCAGUCGAGGAUAAGCUACAGGAUGGUGUCCCCCAGACCAUAGAGCAGCUCUCCAAGGCCGACAUCAAGAUCUGGGUGCUGACUGGAGACAAACAGGAGACGGCUGAGAAUAUUGGCUACUCGUGCAACAUGCUGAGGGAGGAAAUGAAGGAGGUGUUCAUCGUGGCGGGACACACUAGAGAGGAGGUGGCAGAGGAGCUGCGAACUGCCAGGAAGAAGAUGAAACCAGAUUCAUCAGAUGAGCCGCCCUUCCAUAAGAGUGGCUUCCUGGGUAAAAAGAGUGAGGUGGUUGAGGAUGAGACAGUGGAGAGCGAGUAUGGCUUGGUCAUCAAUGGACACAGUCUGGCCUUUGCCCUACAGGAGGAUCUGCAGCUGGAGUUCCUGAGGAUGGCCUGUAUGUGUACGGCUGUGAUCUGCUGCAGGGUCACCCCUUUGCAGAAGGCUCAGGUGGUGGAGCUCGUCAAGAAGCGUAAAAAAGCUGUGACACUCGCCAUCGGAGACGGCGCCAACGACGUCAGCAUGAUCAAAGCUGCCCACAUCGGCGUGGGCAUCAGCGGGCAGGAGGGCAUGCAGGCGGUGCUGUCAAGCGACUACUCCUUCGCCCAGUUCCGCUUUCUGCAGCGCCUCCUGCUGGUGCACGGCCGCUGGUCCUACCUGCGCAUGUGCAAGUUCCUGCGCUACUUCUUCUACAAGAACUUCACCUUCACCUUCGUCCACUUCUGGUACGGCUUCUUCUGCGGAUUCUCAGCCCAGACGGUGUAUGAUGAAUGGUUCAUCACUCUCUACAACCUGAUAUACACAGCCUUGCCUGUCCUUGGCAUGGCUCUAUUUGAUCAGGAUGUUGACCACCGCUGGAGUUUCCGCUGCCCUGAGCUGUACACGCCGGGUCAGCUGAACCUGUACUUCAGUAAGCGGGCCUUCAUGCGCUGUAUGAUGCACAGCUGCUACAGCUCCCUGAUCCUCUUCUUCAUCCCCUACGCCGCCAUCCACGACACAGUCAGGGAUGACGGCAAGGACAUCGCAGACUACCAGUCCUUCGCCCUGCUCGCACAGACGUGUCUGCUCGUGGCCGUCAACAUGCAGCUUGGUCUGGACACAACCUACUGGACGGCUGUUAAUCAGUUCUUCCUCUGGGGCAGUAUGUCUGUGUACUUUGCAGUCACCUUUACCAUGUACAGCAAUGGCAUGUUUCUCAUCUUCACCUCCACAUUCCCUUUCAUUGGUGUGGCCAGGAACUCCCUGAACCAGCCCAACGUGUGGCUCACCAUCCUCUUGACAUCUAUCCUGUGUGUGCUACCUGUGCUGGCCUACCGCUUCCUCUAUAUGCAACUGAGGCCCACCAUCAACGACAAGGUGCGGUACAAAGUCAGACAAGACAAAGCUCCCCCUCCUGAUGUUCCACGCCGCUUCCGUCCUCGUCGAAUCAGCACGCGCCGCUCAGGUUACGCCUUCUCUCAUUCGCGUGGCUAUGGUGACCUGGUGACCUCCGGUCGCUUCCUGCUGCGCCCAAUGAAGAGCCGGCCGGCCCUGUUCUCCCGCUCCGCCUCCUCUGGGUUGACGCUGUCGGAGGAAUCUCCACAGAUUUUCCGCCCCAUAGCCGAGGAACCCAUUGCCUAAACCAUCUACACACACACACACACACACACACACACACACACACACACACACACACACACACACACACACACACA